GAUGAUGAUGAAGAGGACUCGAAGCCUCGAAGAGGCUUUAACUUUGAGGACGAUCCGGAGGAGAGUUCGCUGAGUCCGGCGGAGAGACGGCAGAGACAGCUGCAGCAGGAAGUGAUGCGCACAGCGCAGUCGGCCGUGGACAGCAGCCACCGCUCGCUCGGACUCGUCUACGAAUCGGAGAAAGUCGGAGCCGAGACGGCGGAGGAACUGAUUCGUCAGGGUGAGGCUUUGAAACGGGCAGAGAAGAUGAUUGACAACAUGGAGCAGGACAUGAGGACGAGCCAGAGGCACAUAAACACCAUUAAGAGUGUGUGGGGUGGCAUGGUCAACUAUUUCAAAGGCAAACCUGAACCUCCCAGACCUGCACAAAAGGAGCAGCCCGUGUCCUACGAGGCCAACAGCAGGUUACAGAACGCGCUUACGGAGAGCAAACAGCAGGAAGACAAAUAUCAAGCCAGCCAUCCCAAUCUCAGGAAACUGGACACAUCUGGAUUCGGAGCUUCUGCUUCGCUGGAUAACGGGCCGUCCGAUCAGAACGGACAUCCCAAGAACAAACAGCUACGGGCCGCCCAUCAACAGCUGGACAGUAACCUCGAUGAAAUGUCGUUGGGUUUGGGCCGACUGAAGAAUCUGGGGCUGGGGCUGCAGGCCGAGAUCAAUGACCAGGAUGUUUCUCUGGACGCUUUGCUCAAUAAGGUCGACACGAUGGACGGCAAGAUCGGCUCCACCAACCGGCAGCUCAAAAACCUCAAAUAGACUCCCAGAGUGACGUCACUUCCUGGAGGUGUGGCCGAGGUGAUCCAAAACACCUGCUUGAUGAAACAUUUCUGGUGUGUGUGUUUAUGCAUAUGAGAAACAUGAGGUGGUUUAUUGAGAAGUUCAGCACUCAUCAUUUCAAUUCUGUCUUCGUUUAAUCAUCAGAAAGAUAUCGAGCUGCCUUAAAGUUCACUGAUUUCAGAUGUUGACUGAUUCUCGUUGCAUUUCACCACAGUCUAUACACGAGUCACUAUUGUGAAUGCACACCACGAAAUAUCCACUAACCUGAGGGCGAAUUUGUGUUAUUUUCCUUUAGUUAUUUUCUUUUUCAGAUAUAUAUUAUGCUGGCUUUGUAUGACAUACCAGACUGAAAAUCUGUGAACGUUUGUUUCUGCGUCAUCUGUAAAUGUUGACCUCCUAUUAAAGCAAACGAUUUCUGUCCGCUGAAUGUGACGUAUGUGAACGUAAAUAAAAUAUGUUUUAAUUCGA